UGUGAAGUUGGUUGAAAUUAAAACUAGAUGUCCCAGAUUUAAAGACGGCGGCAUAUUCUAAAAUACUAUGAAAACACUAAAGUGUUGUCUGGCGAAGAGGUCUUCAAUCCGAAUGCCUGACAGCUCGAAGAAGGUGGAUUUCAGUCUAAACGUAUGUCAAGAACAUAUUUACCACAUUCCCGAAGAUGCUUUCAAGCGUACUUAACUUACCGAACUGAUUCCUCAGUAUGCUACCGUUUCUAUCCGCAAUCCCCUACUUAAGAAAAAAACAAUCAAGAGCCCCGGAACUGAAAGACUAAUACUUUGUUUCGUCGGGGAAUGUAAAUAGUGUAACGCUUCCUGUCAGUAACACGUGUGAAUGGACCGGCUUGGUGCCAAUCGUUGGAAGGCUUUUACAAGUUGAAUUUUAUCUUCACGCAGUUUUAAAAUUAAACACCAUUGUUUAUAAAAUGGUUUUCUUCACCUGUAAUGCUUGUGGAGAAUCAUUAAAGAAAGCACAAGUUGAAAAGCAUCUGAACAUCUGUAGGAACUGUGAAUGUUUGUCAUGCAUUGACUGUGGCAAAGAUUUUUGGGGUAAUGAUUAUUUAAAUCAUCUUAAAUGCAUAAGUGAGAAUGAGAAAUAUGGUGGCAAGGGCUACGAAGCAAAAUCUAGCAAAGGUGAUGUGAAACAGCAGCAGUGGAUUCAGAAAAUACAUGAAGCUAUGAAUAGGCCUGGUGUUAACCCAAAAGUUGCUGAAAUACUCAAACAAAUUAGUUCCUAUGACAAUGUUCCAAGAAAAAAAGCUAAGUUUCAGAACUGGAUGAAGAACAGCUUAAAGAUUCACCAUACAGCUUUGCAUGACCAAGUGUGGGAAAUAUUUUCAGCUUGUAGUGUACCAAACAGCAAGGAGGAUAAUCCAGCUCUACCUCAAGAAAGUCUUAAUCAAAAUGAUCAAAGUGAAACUUUGAUUAAAGACAAUGUAGCUGCUUCAGAUGAAAAGAAAAAGUCUAAGAGGGAAAGAAAAGAAGAGAGAAAAAAUAAAAGCAAGCAAGAAAAAAAACAUUUGAAGUUGGACAAUAAAAAGGAAAAUGAAGACAGAAAGUCUACCAAAAAAGACAGCCAGUCAGAAGGAGAAGAUAUUUCUAGAAGAGAAAAUGGAGAACUGAAAAAAAAGAAAAAGAAGCAUGCAACAGAAGACUUUGGAGAAAUCGACGUGGUAAAUGAAAAUGAGCAUGAAAGUUCAUUUAGUAAUAGAAAAAGAAGGAAGCGUGAGUGUUCUGAAGAAAAUACAAAAAUUAAACAGCUGAAAACAGAACCUGAAGAUGUGGAAUUUGAAAAUGAAAACAAAGGGAAAUUCAAUUGGAAAGGAACAAUUAAAGCAAUUCUUAGAAGUGCACCUGAAGAUGGAAUACCAUUAAAAAAACUUAAAAAGAAGGUUCUAGCUCAGUAUUAUGCUGUGACAGGAGAACAUAAUCACAAGACUGACGAAGAGUUGAAUUCACUUUUUAACAAGAAAAUUAAAAAUAAUCCUAAAUUUAGACUUUUAAAAGAAAGGGUCAUACUGGUAAAAUAAAAUUCCUAAUUAUAAAAAUAGCACAAAUAUCUGUGUAAAUGAUUUUUCUAUAUUCUACCUUGUCAAAAUAAAAAUAAAUAUGUGGUUCAUUCUUCACAUGCAAUUAUGUAUUUUAUCAUUUUAAUGAGUGGAGUUUAUGGUCAUAUUGCAUCUGAUUCAAAAUGAUGAUUUGUUCAAUUCUCAUGUACUUUGUAAUUUUAUAUUUCUGACUGUGAUGUGCUGUUUUUUUAACCCUUCCAUUUAUUCCUUUUAGGAAUAAAAUAGUACAAAUGUCUGCCACAGGGUUAUUUUUUUUUAUCAGAAUUUUUAUUUCAAAUCUGUCAAACAAGAUGUAAAUGUUCCUGACUGCUUGCAAAAUGUAUAACUGAUUGUCUCUAUCUGCUUAGUUUUUUGUCUCAGCUGAGAAGGUUAAUUUCAUAUUUUCUCAUGUACACAUGAAAAAAUAAUAAACUUAAACCUUUUCUAUGGUUAGAGAGAUACCAUUACUAGUUUUAGGGUUAAAAGUGUCUUUCAUUAA